UAAUACACACCGCGCACUAAAUCAUGCACCACACAGUGACUGACAGUAUCAAUGUUUUGAGUCUUUUGAGACAAUAUCAAGGCAGUUUCAUUGAUGUGAAUUAGUUCCUGUUUGGAAACAUACAUUUCCUACCCAAACUAUGUCAUCGAGUGAACCAGAGGCCGCAGCCCCAUUAGCACAAUCAGGACACGAUGAUCAUGGAUAUGUCAUCCCAUGUAAGAAGAUUAAAAAUCCCAUGACGCUGGGUGCAUGGGAGAAGUCUCAGACAUACAGCGACUUCUUGGGCUUCAUUCAUACAUUGAGUGAAUCAGUCAAAGGCAUCAAGAUCAGUGAGGCCGGUGAACCCUCUGAGACUUGUGCAAAAUUACUGUCAUUGUUGGAGACAUUAAACCAUUGGAUUGAUGAGAUACCACCGACGGAUCAACCGCAAAGAUUUGGUAAUAAAGCCUUCAGAGACUGGCAUAAACGACUAUCAGAUAAUUCAGAGUCCAUAAUCUUAACAGUAAUGCCUGUAGAGCAUCACAAGGCGGUCAUAGAACUCAAGGCCUACUUGGAAGAUUCUUUCGGCAACUCUGUUAGGAUCGACUAUGGAUCUGGACAUGAGAUGAACUUUGCAGCCUUCCUCUGUUGUCUCUACAAGCUGAGGGUCUUAACAGAUACUGACUCUAAGGUUGUGGCAUUAAACAUUUUUAACAGGUAUCUAGAGCUGGUCAGGAGAUUACAGACGACAUAUCGUAUGGAGCCAGCAGGAAGCCAUGGAGUAUGGGGUCUAGAUGACUUCCAGUUUAUACCAUACAUCUGGGGCAGUGCACAACUAAUUGAUCACCCCAGUAUACAACCGAAGGAUUUCCACGACUGUGGAGUCGCACAAUCUAACGCCAAGGAAUACAUGUACAUGAGAUGUAUAGAGUAUAUUCAUCAGUGUAAGAAUGGUCCGUUCUUUGAGCACUCACCAACUCUAUGGGGAAUGACCAGCGUUCAACACUGGCAGAAAAUCAACACAGGUCUGAUGAAGAUGUACAAAGCAGAGGUAUUGAUCAAAUUUCCCAUAGUACAGCACUUUCUCUUUGGUACCAUCUUGACCCUUGACCCAGCAACAUGAAGACCUGCUCGCUAUUGGAUAACCCAGGACGAUGUUCUUGUAUUUCUAUCAUACAAGAUGGCAGCUCAUUGGAGUCGAGUCUAGUUGAAAUAGAAAAUAAACUAAAUUUAACUCAUAUUAUAUGAACUCUAGCAGAAUCAGCACAGUGCCUGUAAAUUAAUGAAUGGAAUGAGUUGCAUUUAUAAUAUGUAAAUUGGGUGUGACCUUUAUGCAAAUUUAGGACAUGACCCGUCUCCAUGGAGGGGAUCACAUUACCCUAUAUUUAAAUUGCAGAAAGCAUUUAGCAUUGCUUAUUAAUUUCGAUGCUUAUAGAAAGUAAGAGUCAUACUUCCUAAUUAAUUGUUUUUGAGGGAAGAGACACUUAACAGCCUGGGGAGGAGGUUGAGUGACGACAAAGCCUAGGCCUAACCAUUCAAUAAGUAUUUCUAAUGUGUACCUAAGAUUCAAGAAUAUUGAAUAGUUCUUGCAGGCUUCUUACACUUGCACUUCCCACUGGAAAAUUCAUUGUAGUCUGUAUGGAGCAUAUGAAGGGGCACCAAGGCCAAGACUAUGGCGACAUUUUGGCCACGGCCUCAUUGGCUUCUGUGUAAUUGUAGGAUUGUUUUUGUCUGAUGUACGUGUAGUUUGAUACUGUGACAAACCACAAGAGGGGUAGGGGAUUCACUACACAGGAAAAAACGUACACAUUGGACUGUAUGUAGAGAGGGGUGGGGGAUUCACUACACAAGGAAUACAUACACAUUGGACUGUAUGUAAAACCCUAAAAUUCUUGUGAAAGUUUAAGUUGGAGUUGGUGCAGUUAAGUGUUUGCAAGGCAACUGAAAAACAUCAAAGUACACAAAGGACUGGGUUUUUUUAUCUGAUGAGAGUGGGGCUUAAAGUACUGUUUCUUUCCUUACUGAGCUCUAUGGCAUUUUAAAUAUGACACCUUUGUCAAUGUGUUUUGUUUUAUGUGUUCUCAGAACAUGUACUGGAAAUCAGUUUACUGAUGUUGAUGACACAUAAUGUCCUCUACUUUGUUUCAGUUCUCAGAUAAAUGGGAUUCUGUUCAAACAUGGUUUAGAUUUGAUCCAAAUAAAUGAUUUGAAGUUGAAA